AUGUCCAACAAUGUGGCCGAUGAUGUUGAUGAUGAUGAGCCUGACGAGUGGGACAAAAGAAUUAUGGAUACAGGCUGCCACCAAGAAAAUUUGAACUUACAACUAUGUCAUGCCGAUACUGGUGAUUGGAGAAAAUGUUUGAAAGAAAUGCAAGCAUUCAGAGCCUGUUGGGAAAAGAACAAGAACAAUCAGAGAACAUCAACUGUCGAUAAUCCAGAAGUGAAGUGA